CUCAAGUACCAUGCCCGUCUCCCACAUCGGCCUUACUGUCUCACACCUCCCAACUUCUUGUUCAUUUUUUCUCGCUGCUCUCCAACCGCUUGGCUAUCGCUUUAUUGGCCAGCAAGGCAACCAAAUCGGUCUCGGGAUCGACGACGCUGAUUUCUUCCUCUGCCAAGAGACGCCUGGUAUCAAAGCUGGAGCAGCUCAUAUCGCCUUUACUGCCCUCAGUCGCACUGCCGUUCGAGACUUCUAUACUGCUGCGCUCACUGCCGGCGGACGGCCCCAUGGGUCACCUGCCACUCGCAACGAUGAGAGCGGCUACUUCAAUGCUGCUGUCCUCGACUUCGAUGGCAAUAGCAUUGAGGUAGUGUUCCGAGACGAGCCUGAUACCCGCGAUGAUGGUACUGUCAUUGAGCACAGCAGAGUCAUUACCUGGCAGAAGAGCGUCUCCGAGAGCGUUCGCGACGAUGUCAGCGUAGCGAGCGCCAGCACAGUUCGCAGUUCGAAAUCAAAAGCUCUCGCACCAGCACUCUCCGUAGCACCCUCGACUAAAGCCCCAUCUGUCGUUUCCAGAGCCUCUACUCUCGCCAGGAGUUUCUCAGCUCCCGUCACCGUCCCAACCACCAAGACCUCGUCCUCGAUAAGCGACGGAGCCGCGAAGAAGAUAAUCGGCACCCUCCUAGGCGCCGCAGCCGGAGCAGCCGUUGCCUACGCCAUGGUAAAGAGCGAAGAAGACAGCGCAAAAGCAGAGGCCGCAUUCAACGCCGUCCAAGCACCGCCAGCAUCGCGCGCGCCGUCCGUUGCCCAGCCGAUCCCGGCGCCGGAACCCAGGCUAUCCCUCCAAGAGCCCCAAUCGAUCUACGAAUCCCCCCCACGUACUGUUCACCGCAACUACAGCGAAACCGACUCCUACUACAGCACCCCUCACCACAACGCGCCCCGCGCCAUCGAGGCCGCACCCGCAAGGAGCUACCACGCUCCCACGUACGUGUCUGCUGCGCCGACGCGGGCUCCAACUCAGAUCCCAGACCGCCAGCAGGGCCAAAACCAGCAGAUACAGUACGUCCAAGGCGCUUCUCCAGCAAACCACCACUACACCUAUGGCAUGAGCCGCUCCGUCUCGAGCCCCAGCGCCGUCCAGGCGUCGAGAACCGCGCCCCCCAGCACGCUGAUCUCCUCCUUCGUGCCCUCCGAAGCAUCGACCUCCCGCCCACCACCCGCCGACCGCCGCAGCAGCACCGGCAGCGCCCAUUCCCACCACUCCAACAAGUCCAAAGCCAAGUCGCACGCCUCGCACCACAGCAGUGCAAGCAAGCACAGCUCCGCCUCCAAAACCAAAGAGGGCAGCAAAGCGCCCUCGCUCGUCGGCAGCAUCCUCGGCCGCGACCUCGGCAUCCCGGGCCUCAUCUCUGAGCAGACCUGGGAGCGCGAGAGCGUGGCGAGUUCCACCGACAGCGAGAGCGAGCGGCGGCGGAACAAGCACCUCGACCUCGAGCUCUGCGACACUGACACCGUCGCGCCGAGCGACAGCAUCUCGAACGCGGGCUCGAGCUCGCGGCGGAGCCAUCACUCGAAGCACUCGUCCUCGAAAAGCCAUCAUGGCUCGAGCCACUCGAGUACGUCGAAGCACUCGAAACAUUCAAGUUCGUCGAAGCAUUCGAGGCGGUCGCGCUCACAUCGUGACGAGGAGGACGACGAGGUGGACGUUGUGCGGCCGUCUGCGAUCUCCGAGCCGAGUGAUGCGAGUACGGUGAAGCCGAGUAAGCGGAAGGAUUCGGGGGUUGGGGGCGUGCAAGAGGCGGCGCCGGGGGCGAGUUUGCCCGUGAGGGGCAUCACGGCCAGUAUGAUUGAGGGGAGUACGGGUGGGAAAGGGAGGAAGAGGAGUGUGGUGAGUUAUGCGAUGUAGCAUAGCAUAUGGAAGGGAGUGGUGGCGAUGCCGGGAUGGUCGAUCUUUGCAUGGACAAGGUUUGGGGUUGUUGGGCGUGCAGUGCAGUGCCUGUUGAUCUUUUCGUUUCUUUUUUCUUGGCUUCCUGGACGUUGACGUUGAGGACUUUCCGAUUCAGCAUGUUAGACAUGCGGCUUUCUAGUGGGUAUGGUAUACACACAUCCCUCGGCAUUUCCACGGAUCUAUUCUCGCAUUCAUUGCAUUAGACACUUUUCCUCUCUUCCUCUCAUCGUCUGCUAUUCUCAGACCAUUUACGAUACACAUGUCUUCAGCAUAGCGUCCCAUAGAACAUCGCAUAUACAAUACAACAGAUGAUCAU